AUGGACAAGACACAGGACGGGCUACCCCGGCGACCACUCUACCUUUUUGACCUGCCGCCAGAAGUGCUCAAUUCACUCUCCCUCAAGACCGACGCGGGGUUCGUCGCCGAUGAUGCGCCAAUCGAUGGACCAGGCCCAGAAACACAGGCGGCAAGCUCCUCGAGCACGGACGAUACCCUUGGGUCGCAAACAUGCUCCCUUUGUAGCAUGUCGUUCGUUACCGUUCAGGAACAAAAGGAACAUCUAAAAACCGACCUCCACUACUACAACCUCAAACAAAAGCUCAACGGACUCAAGCCGGUCUCGGAACCAGAGUUUGAGAAGCUUGUGGAGGAGAAUGACGUCAGUAUAUCGGGUUCCGAUGCAUCGGAUAACGAAGACGAGGAGGGCGAGCCUGCACGAAAGGAGACGACUCUUUCGGCGCUGCUUAAGAAACAAGCGUCCUUAGUCGACAAGCGUGAUCUGGACGGCGAGGCGGAAAACGGUGAAUCGAAGACGAAGAAAAGGGGAACGGCGAAACCACCUUUGCUCUGGUUCGCGUCACCGAAGCUUCCGGACCGCACAUACUUUGGAAUUUAUCGGGCGGUGUUUACAGCGAAGGAGCUAGAAAAAGAAGACGAGAUCCUCGACGCUAUCCGGCAACGACAACUCCCGCCAAUAGCCAUGCCUAAGGCUGCCAAAGAUGGCAACACCAUGCCUCCAGCCUACAACAGCAGGCAUAUCUUCCUCUGCAUGAUAGGGGGCGGUCACUUUGCCGCUAUGGUGGUUUGUCUGGCUCCCAAGAAGAGUAAACACAGUUCCGCUGUGCCUUUGAAUAGGGAGGCGGUGGUUUUGGCGCACAAGACCUUUCAUCGAUACACCACUCGACGCAAGCAGGGCGGCUCGCAGUCCGCGAACGACGGGAGUAAGGGCGCCGCACAUUCAGCCGGUGCGUCGCUGCGCCGAUACAACGAGCAAGCGCUGGUGGACGAUGUCCGCGAGCUGUUACAAGAUUGGAAAGCCCUCAUUGACACCUCCGAUUUGCUGUUUAUUCGGGCUUCCGGGGUGAUGAACCGACGGACUCUGUAUGGGCCGUAUGAGGACCAGGUCCUGCGCUCCAACGACCCUAGGAUCAGGAACUUUCCCUUUACCACACGAAGACCCACGCAAAACGAGUUGAUGCGCUCAUAUAUCGAACUCACACGACUUAAAGUGAAGGAAAUCCAUCCGGAAGCAGCACCAGCGCCCGAUGACGGGGCCGUAAAAACGCCGAAAGCAAAGCCCGAUCCCAAGCCCCAACCACCAAAGCUCACUGAAGAGGAGGAAGCCGCUAUCUUCCACACAACCCAAAUACAAUCCAUCAUUCGCCGCUCUAAGCUUCCUGCCCUACUCUCCUAUCUGACAACCAAUAACCUACCGCCCACUUUCGUCUUUCAACCCAGCGACUCCCAACAGAAUCACCAUGCUCCAACUGCCCUUCACUUCGCAGCAUCCCAGAACGCCGCGCCGCUUAUUACAGGCCUUCUCACACGCGCCAAAGCCGAUCCUACCAUCCUCAACGCAGAGGGCAAGACACCUUUCGACCUCGCCGGCGACCGUGCUACUCGCGACGCUUUCCGUGUCGCCCGGUCCGAGUUGGGUGAAUCAAGCUGGGAUUGGGAGGCUACCCGAGUACCUGCGGCGCUCAAAAAGGAGGAAGCGGAGCGACGCGCGGAGAGGGAGAAACAGGCGUUAGCGAAAGAAGAGGAGGAAAGGAGGAAAGCAGAGGAGGAGAGGCUUAAAGUUGAAGGGCCUCAGGUGGACGGGGCUAGCAGGAGGCGGAAAGGUGGAGGGAAUUUGUUGGGUGGUGGGCCACCGAAAACGGCGGAGGAGAGGAGGUCUGAGGAAGCGAGAGGUUUGACGCCGGAACAGAAGGCGAGGUUGGAGAGAGAGCGUCGGGCGAGAGCGGCCGAGGAGAGGAUUAGGCGGUUACAGAGUGGUGAAUAG